AUGAAAGGCUACGACUGCGAUGAUGGCACUGUCCCUAAGCUAGUUGGGCACAUGGAGGUUGACAUCGAAACUGAACUGCCAGGCUACACAAUGGCAACAGAGAACGAUCGGAUUCGCGCACCCCCGACCAGCAGGCUGCAUCUCGUCACGGAGGUACACAUGCGGGUCAGCUCGAAGGUCCUGUCUGUGGUGUCACCUGUGUUUCACCGCAUGCUUGGUCCAGAUUUCAAGGAAGGCGCAGCUCUUAGGGUAGCACAGUCAGUGGUGGUACCUCUCUCCAACGACGAUCCGGAUGCGAUGGUCAUCCUGCUGAACAUCAUUCAUGGCCGAACGCGGCAGGUACCUCGUAAAAUUAACUUCCAAUGCCAUCUGCUCACGGAGCUUGCAACAUUGGUCGAUUACUAUCAAAUGUAUGAGGUUAUUGAGCUAUUCUCAGAUAGGUGGUUGCAAAAUUCUUCUCGUGGAGAUGAUUUGCAAGAAGACUACCAGCAUUCAAUGGCUCUACGAUGGUUGUGGGUAAGCUGGGUCUUCCGCGACACGUCUCUCUUCCAGAAAAUCACCAAGUCAAUGGAGAUAUACGGUGAAGCAGACCCCGAAUACAUGGAGAAUACCCAGUCGCUUGAGUCUGAUCUGAGUCAAAAGUACGCCGAAAGCCUUUUGAUACCUUCCAAAAUUCUGGAUGCCAUCCAAACCAAACGAGAUGUUGCGAUUUCCAAAGCCCUUGAUGUAAUCCACAACCUGAUUGAUGACUAUUGA